GAACUCAGCUUUUACAGAAUAAAGCGCACGUGUUUGUGUUUAUAGUUCCACUAAUUCUCACCUAGGUUGAAGCGCUCUUUUCGGAAAGUGAAUUCUGUAUCCAAAAUGACGGAAGGUACUGCUACCAUUAGGACCAGAAAAUUCAUGACCAACAGGUUGUUGGCCAGAAAACAAAUGGUUGUUGAUGUUUUACAUCCAGGUCAACCCUCAGUAAAAAAAACUGAAAUCAGGGAAAAGUUAGCAAAAAUGUACAAAGUUCUCCCGGAUGUAGUAUUUGUCUUUGGAUUUAGGACAAACUUUGGAGGUGGCAAAUCCACUGGUUUUGCUUUAAUCUAUGAUACAUUAGAUUUUGCCAAGAAAUUUGAACCUAAACAUAGGUUAGCAAGGCAUGGUUUAUACGAAAAGAAACAACAGACUCGUAAACAACGUAAAGAAAGGAAGAACAGAAUGAAAAAAGUCAGAGGUACCAAAAAGAGCAAAGUUGGAGCAGCUGCCAAAAAGUAACCUUGACACUUGGGUGGAGUUUAUUGUAUGGCACUUAUCUAUCAUCUUUAUGGGUUUUAUAUAUGUGUAAUACAAUAAACAGUUGAUGCGCA